AUGAAAUCCAACCAAGAGCGGAGCAACGAAUGCCUGCCUCCCAAAAAGCGCGAGAUCCCCGCCACCAGCCGGCCCUCUGAGGAGAAGGCCACAGUUCUGCCCGGUGACAACCACAGAGCCGAGGGCGUGGCAUGGCUCCCGGGCCACCCUGGUGGCCGAGGCCACGGGGGCGGCAGGCAUGGCCCAGCGGGUACAUCAGUGGAGCUCGGUUUACAGCAGGGAAUAGGUUUACACAAAGCGCUGUCCUCGGGGCUGGACUACUCCCCGCCCAGCGCGCCCAGGUCUGUCCCGGCCACCACCACGCUGCCCGCUGCGUACCCUCCCGCUCAGUCAGGGACUCCGGUGUCGCCGGUGCAGUAUGCUCACCUGCCACACACCUUCCAGUUCAUCGGGUCCUCCCAGUACAGCGGGCCCUACGCUGGCUUCAUCCCUUCGCAGCUGAUCUCCCCAACGGCCAGCCCUGUCACCAGUGCGGUGGCCUCUGGCGCAGGGGCCACCACUCCAUCCCAGCGCUCCCAGCUGGAGGCCUAUUCCACCCUGCUGGCCAACAUGGGCAGUCUGAGCCAAGCCUCAGGACACAAGGCUGAGCAGCAGCAGCAGCAACACCUAGGCAGGACGCCCGGGCUGGUCACCCCGGGGUCUCCACCACCCGCCCAGCAGAACCAGUACGUGCACAUUUCCAGUUCUCCGCAGAAUCCCGGGCGCACGACCUCGCCCCCGGCCAUCCCAGUCCACCUCCACCCCCACCAGACGAUGAUCCCACACACACUCACCCUGGGGCCCUCGCCCCAGGUCCUCGUGCAAUACACCGACUCGGGCAGCCAUUUUGUGAGCCGGGAGGCCACCAAGAAAGCGGACAGCAGCCGGUUGCAACAGGCCAUGCAGGCCAAGGAGAUCCUCAAUGGCGAGAUGGAAAAGGGCCGCAGAUAUGGGGCCCCGACCCCCGCAGAGCUGGGCCUGGUGAAGGCCGGCAGCAAGUCGGCGCCGCACCCCUAUGAGUCCAGGCAUGUGGUGGUCCACCCCAGCCCUGCUGACUACAGCAGCCGGGACUCGUCGGGGGUCCGGGCCUCUGUGAUGGUUCUGCCCAACAGCGGCAGCGUGCCCGCCACCUCCGACCUGGAAGUGCAGCAAGUGGCGCACCGGGACGCCUCCCCCUCCACCCUCAAUGACAAGGGCGGCCUGCAUUUAGGGAAGCCCGGGCACCGGUCCUAUGCGCUGUCACCCCAACAGGCUCUGGGUCCCGAUGGCGUGAAGGCCGCUGUCACCACGCUGUCGCCUCACACAGUCAUCCAGACCACACAUAGCGCUUCAGAGCCACUCCCAGUGGGACUGCCAGCCACCGCCUUCUACGCGGGGACUCAGCCGCCUGUCAUCGGCUACUUGAGUGGCCAGCAGCAAGCGAUCACCUAUGCCGGCAGCCUGCCCCAACACCUGGUGAUCCCCGGCACCCAGCCCCUGCUCAUCCCGGUGGGCAGUGCCGACAUGGAAGGGUCGGGGGCAGCCUCCGCCAUAGUCACGUCGUCUCCCCAGUUUGCUGCAGUGCCUCACACCUUCGUUACCACCGCCCUUCCCAAGAGCGAGAACUUCAGCCCCGAGGCCCUGGCCAGCCAGGCCGCCUACCCGGCCAUGGUGCAGGCCCAGAUCCACCUGCCCGUGGUGCAAUCUUUGGCGAACCCCACUACCGCCCCACCUACGCUGCCCCCAUAUUUCAUGAAAGGCUCCAUCAUCCAGUUGGCCAACGGGGAGCUGAAGAAGGUGGAGGACUUAAAAACAGAAGACUUCAUCCAGAGCGCUGAGAUCAGCAAUGAACUGAAGAUCGACUCCAGCACGGUGGAGAGGAUUGAGGAUAGCCCCAGCCCAGGUGUUGCCGUGAUCCAGUUCGCUGUGGGGGAGCACCGAGCACAGGUCAGCGUUGAAGUUUUGGUAGAGUACCCCUUUUUUGUGUUUGGACAGGGCUGGUCAUCCUGCUGUCCAGAAAGAACCAGCCAGCUCUUUGACUUGCCGUGUUCCAAACUCUCCGUUGGGGAUGUUUGCAUCUCGCUUACCCUCAAGAACCUGAAGAAUGGCUCUGUUAAAAAGGGCCAGCCCGUGGAUCCUGCCAGUGUCCUGCUGAAGCACUCAAAGACUGACAACCUCACUGGCAGUAGACACAGGUAUGCUGAGCAGGAAAACGGAAUCAAUCAGGGAAGUGCCCAGAUGCUCUCUGAGAAUGGUGAACUGAAGUUUCCUGAGAAAAUAGGAUUGCCUGCAGCACCUUUGCUCACCAAAAUGGAACCCAGCAAGCCCGCAGCAAGGAGGAAGAGGAGGUGGUCAGCACCAGAGACCCGCAAACUGGAGAAGUCAGAAGAUGAGCCACCUUUGACUCUUCCUAAGCCUUCUCUAAUUCCUCAGGAGGUUAAGAUUUGCAUUGAAGGCCGGUCUAAUGUAGGCAAGUAGAGGCAAUGUGGGGAAGGGAAAUUUGGCUCUCCUUCAUCAUUUGUAUCCAGAUUACUGUACUGUAGGCUAAAUAACACAGUAUUUACAUUUUAUCCUCUUUCUUUAGGUUUCUGUUAUAACCUUGUCAUUAGAGUUACCGCUGGUGUUGCGCAGGAGACUGGUGCAUAUGCUUUUUCCACUCAUGUCUGACGGCAGUGGGCAGCAGGGGCCAGAGCAGGGCCAACUGGGAUCAGGCAUCCUGGGUAGAAAUGAAAGUGGCUUCACAGCACCUGCCUCACUAGCAGUGCAGAAGCAACAACCAGCGCUGACUUCCUCUAGUUUCCCAAGCAAGUUCUGUGGAAAGGCAACUAUAGGGGUGUGAGCAUGCAUGCAUGGGUGCGUGCAUGCAUGGGUGCCAGUGAGUGAGGCUCUAUUUCUCUCUCUCUCUCUCUCUCUCUCUCUCUCUCUCUCUCUUCCUUUCAGCACGGGACUAGAGGGGAAAUGUCCUCUGGAGCUUGUCACAUCCAAAAGAAAUAUCAAGAACCCACUUCAGGGCAUCCUAGAGAGGCAUCAGACAGUAGAUGGAAAACAAACUAUGUAAAAGAACAAUUUUUCCUCCAACAUAUUUUACAAUAAAAGCAACUUUUAAUCAUAUAGAUACAUAUUUCCCCCUAUGGGGCCUGACUGCACUGAUUUUUUUUUUUUUUAAGAGCAACUGCCACAGGUGGGAUUUUGUUUCUGCUUUAUUAGUGCAGUGAUGUCUCCAGGGUGUCGUGGUGGUUGGAGCAGCCCCUGCCAGCAUCACCAGCCAGGCCUGGAGAGGAUGGUGGAGCAGGACAUGGGCAAGGGAACCCCCACUUGCGUUUCUGUGCAGUGUUAGGAAAACCAAUUAGGUUAUCGUGUUGACUUCGCUCACGAGAUAGAUGCAAACUGCCCUUCAUUGAGAUCAGGGGAAAUUCUUCGCAUUGGGUUUGCAAAUCUUUUUGUCUUUUAACUCUAGUACUGUUUAUAGUUCAUGACUAUGGACAACUCGGGUGCCACUUUUUUUUUCCGAUUCUAGUGUGACGUGAGGAAUUAGAUUUUGAAGAUGAGCAUAUAUAGUACUAUCUCUAAGCACUUAAAAUGCUGUUCACACUUUAUUACCAAGCAUCUUGGUCUAUCAUUCAACAAGUACUGUAUCUCACUUUACUCUUUGGGAAGACAGAAAAUGAAGUUGCUUUCUUUUUCCAACACUGUAACUACAUUUCAGCUCUGCAGAGUUUCUCAUGAGCAAGAUACCGAAAGUUUCAAUGUGGUUUAAAGGGAUGAAUGUGAAUUAUAAUCUAGUAUGUGACAAUGAGUGACCACCAAGAACAGCCUGACUGAAGGCACUUUUCACUUUGAUGUUUGGAAAAAAAAAAAAAAAGACAUACAUAGAAUUGACAGAGAAACUGAGAGAAAAGGGAUGGAAAAAAAGAAUACUCUUUUUUUUCUUUUUAAGAUGAACUUUUGAAGAACUUUGCGAUUUGCACAUCUUGAGUUUAUAAUUUGUGUGAUAUUCCUGCAGUUUUUAUCCAGUAACAUUGUGGGAAAAGUUUGGGGGUGGGACUUGAACGAGCAUAAAUAAAUGUAGCAAAAAUUACUUUCUAACCUACCUAAACUCUAGGCCAUUUUAUAAAGUUAUGUUCCUUUCAAAAUUUAUUUUGGUCUUUCUCCCAUAUCUGUCACAAAAACCAGGUUUAGCAGGACAACUCUGAGAAUUUUCUUCAGAUUCAUUAAGAGUUUCCCAUAAGGACAUUCAUGCAUAUGAGCAACCUUUUUUUUUUUUACUAUUAUUUUAUUAUUGUUGCUAUUUACAUUAUUUCUAAAAUAACUUUUUUUUUCCCCUCCAUCUGAAAUCAAAUAAGAUUUAAUGUUUGGUACCAACCCAGAAAAGGUAAUUAAUAGCUUAAUCCUUUCACCCCCAGUGAUCAGAAAUAUUGUUUGUGGAUUCCGAGUAUGCCUCGUGAAGUGCUUUUUUAGAAAACUUUAUACGUAGGAAAACAUUUUUAAAAUUCUGACUUGGAAUGGCUGCAACUGAUCUGAAUAUCUGAUCUUCCUUUUUACCAUUGAAAAUAGUUAUUUUCCAUGUCACAGACCAAAAGGAAAAGCUCGUGGCAGCACCUAUCUUGGCAUAUCUAGAAUUCUUUUACAUGUAUCUCUCACCAGAACUAAUGGCUUUUCUAAACCAUAUUCUGGGGUGUACCAAAAACAUUUGAAUAGGUUUAGAAGAGCUAGACCCAUUCUUUGACUUUCUUGGCAGUUAAUUACCCUGUUAGCAUACUAGCAGAAAGCUGGGUGGGCCCAUUUUUGCAGUCAUACUGCUUAUUUAGUGCUGCAUUUUUCUUUCUUUCUUUCUUUCUUUCUUUUUUUCUUUCUUUCUUUCUUUUUUUUUUUGUGUGUUUAAGCAUUUCUGUUCAGAGAACUUGCUUAAUCUUCCAUAUAUUCUGCUCAGGGCACUUGGAAUUAUUAUGAAUUAUUUUUCUUUUUAUUUUGUAACCUUGAUGGUAAGAGGAACAUGGGGUUGCCAUACAGACUUUGUCCUCAUUAGUACCACUAUUUACAGCAACUCAUGUGGACUCAGAAAAACACACAUCAUCUUUUAGCUUACUUUAAGUACUGAACUAAAUGGAUCCAUGAAACCAACACUAAAGUGGGAAAACAUACACAGUUUGGAGCAAUAGGAACAUCAUCAUAAUAUGUGUGCUUCUAUCUAUUUCAGGUAUAGGAAUUUUUAAAUAAUUGGUUCUUUCUAAACAUUGUCCCAUUUCAUUCUCUUGCUUUUUAGCAUGUGCAAUACUUUCUGUGCCAAUAGAGCCUGACCAGUGUGCUCUAGUUAAAAGCUCAUAGUUUUUUGGCUUGUACCCAUUUGGUCUUUCUUCCUAUUCUGGCCAAGAAGGGCUGGAGGGAAGGAGCCAGGAAGGGGAAAGUUCCUGCUUCAAGUUUCCCCUGCUGCGGAUAUGGAGUGCUGGGGCCAGGAGCCUUCAGGAGCUCCGUGUGUCUGACGCCAUGUUGCAGAAAGAGCAAGCAAAGGAUAUCUAGGGGAAGGGCUGCAGUCCCCUGCCACCAUUGAGGAAUAGUGAAUAUGGCGUGUGGAGAGGAAGGAGGCAGAUUCAUUUCUAAGGCACACUCUGGAGCAGUGUAGCCAGAAUCAACCCAUUUUCCACGGUCUUUUCUGCAAGUGGACAGGCCCCUCCUGAGGCCUGUGUCCUUGAAACUUUGAGCCCUGCCUCUGAGUAUGCCAGCGGCCAGUGGCUGUGGAGGGAGCCAUCUAUGAACAAUGGUCACCACUCCUUUGUGGCAGCUUGCUCUUCAAAUAGGAAGAACAUCCAGAGGACAGGGAACCUCUUGUUUGCAGACAUUGGCGAGCCCAAGACUUCCAGAGCAGCCUUUGUCACCGCUCCUGCGUAGCAAACAUAACAAUGACAAGCUUAGAAAUCCUUCUUCGGUGCCGUGCAGCUUAAUGAGGAUCAGCUAUGUGCCUCUGUACUGUGUCCACUUUGCAAUAUUUACUGACAGCUGACUUUAGUUCUUCCUUUCCUGUUUUCCAUUUUUUUUUAAACUAAUAACAGCAGGCCUUUUGCGUUUACAAUGGAACACAAUCACCAAGAAAUUAGUCAGGGCGAAAAGAAAAAAAAAAUAAUAAGAAACCAACAAACAAGAACCUCUCUUUGUAGGGAUUUCUAAAUAUAUUAAAUGACUGUUCCUUAGAAUGUUGAACUUGAGAAUUCUUUCAGUUUGUCUGGGCCACAUUGGGGGGAUGGGGAGGGGGGAGUACAGAAAUGGAUGCCACUUACCUCAAAUCUUUUAAAGUGGAAAUCCAAAUUGCAUUUUCAUUUGGACUUUCAGGAUAAUUUUCUAUGUCGGUCAAAGAUUUUUGUUCUCCCCCAACUCACCCCAUUUGGUUUGGGAUGAUUUGAUUUCCCUACUCCCACCCCUUAUUGUUGUUGAUCCCAUUUCUAACUCUUGAAUUAUGACCCUGUAUGUUUUCUGUUGGAUGAGUGUGUUGGGUGUUUUUUUCCCCCACCAGGAAGUGGCGGCAUCCUUCCUUCUCCCCCUACAAGGAACUCUGCAGAACCUUUCACACCUCUUACUCAGGGAUGGGGCUGGCGUGUGUGUGGUACACUGAUGUGUCCGGAAGCAGCACUUUGACUGCUCUGGGGUAGGGUUGUACAACUUCAAGGAAUGUUUGGAUUUCCUGCAUCUUGUGGAUUACUCUUUAGAUACUGCAUAGAUUGCAAUAUAAUGCUGCAUGUUCGAGAUGAACAGUAGCUCCUAGUAAUCAUAAAAUCCACUCUUUGCACAUAGUUUGAUCUUUACUGAAAUAUGUUGCCAAAUUUUUAUUUUUGUUGUUGUAGCUUUGGAAUUUUUGUUUGUUUUUCAAGGAAAUAAUUGACAAUAAAUACCCUUUAACAUCUGUGACUACUAAGGAAACCUAUUCCUUUCAUAGACAGAAAAAAAGUCUCAAAUGCUUUUGAAGACACUAAUGCCAUGCUAUUUCAGAUAUGGGUGAAGAAGCAGGGCUCUUAGGACAGAAGGCCAGGCUUUUGAGCUGUGUGGGUUGUCAUGGCUACUGUUUCAUGAAUCUCAGGCAGUUCAAUCAACUGUGGUCUGUUCUCUCCCAAAGCCCUUUGCACUUCCUGUUUCCUAAUCACCCGUAUUGUAUUUCCAGGUGAAAAUGGGGCUGGCUGUCUCCAGGGCCCAAUCCAGCUUCAGUGGUAAUAUGAAAGGAAAAGGGAAAUAUACUUUUAUUUUUUAAGAUGGAGUGGAGACCUUUGCAUCCACCUUUGUGUUUCCAACCCAGAAUUUCUGAAAUAGGGAUUUGAAGAACCCAUUAAGUAAUAAAUAUACAGAGAAUAUACUUUUUUUUAUAAAGCACAUGCAUAUGCUAUUGUAUUGGGUUGGUUUUCUCUCUUUUCCAUGGACAGUGUUGUGUUUCUGUUAAUAGGGAAACUCCAAACAAUUUGCACACCUCUACUCCGGAGCUGAGAUUUCUUUUACAUAGAUGACCUCGCUUCAAAUAUGUUACCUUACUGAUAGAAUCUUUUCCUUGUAGCACUAUACCUUGUGGGAUAUUUUUUUUUUAACGUACACCUGCUUUGAGAAGCUGAAGAAAAAAAAAACAUUUUUUGAAGCACUCACUUUCAGGGGUACAGGUAAUGUUUUUAAAAAAAUUGCACAAAAGAAAAAUGAAUGUCAAGAUGAUUCAUUCAGUGUUUGAAAGAUAUGAUCUGUUGAAACAAUGAGUUUCCUACCUUGUUUGUAUAAAAAAAAAAAAAGAAUCAUAAAGGUUGACAGUUAUGUUUUUUUCUUUUUUUGUAUAUAGAAACUUGUCAUGUCUAAGUGAUCAGAUUCAUAUGGUUAUGGCCUGGAAGAACUACUACGUAAAAGGCUCUUAAACUAUACCUAUGCUUACUUCAUGUUUUUGUUACAUAGAGAGCUCUUCUGAGGGGAGGACAACGCUGUAUUCUGCAAUUAGAGAAUACAGUUCAUUCCUAUGCUGAAAGUACUUCUCUGAGCUCCCUUCUUAGUUUUAAACUCUUAAGCCAUUGCAACUCCCUUUUCUUCAGAGAUGAUGUUUGACAUUUUUCAGCACUUCCUGUUCCAAUAAACCCAAAGAAUAUAAUCCUGAACAAGAAGUGUUUGUUAACAAGGGAUCCUAACUACCGAUAAAACAGAACGCAACUAUGAGAACAACAAAAAUAAAGUUCAAUCUCUUUUCCCCCACAUCUCAAAUUGAAUGAUGUGGGGGGGGGGGUAAAAUAUAAAUUUCAAUUGAAAUGCCUCAUUUCCCCUUAGUCUGAUUUUUAAUAUUAAGAGGCCAAAACAAAUGUGGAACAACUUCCCAGGAGAGUCAUAUUUUGUCCAAAAUUCAAGCCAACCAGCAGAGACUGGACAGCUGUGGGGAUACUGAUCAAACCCACCUUCAAUUCUUAAAUUCAGAAUCUCAGCCCCUCCUUUACUGCUAAAUGCAGCUUUCCUGGUAGCUGACAUUCACCUAUACAAUUACGGGAGGGAACAGCAGCUUUUUGUGUCCUCGUGACUUGCAUACAAAUGAUUCAGCUAUAUUAAAAUUAAGUGCAUUUGGCCAAUAGGUAGUUUCUAUACAGUAAGAGUCUCUAAGAAUUCACGUAACUUUUCUUCUCUGAAAGGAUUCAAGUCUUCCACUGAAGGUAAUUGGAGACUUCACCCAAGUUUUCUUUCCGUUUAGUUGGUUUGUUCAUUUGCUGUCUGGAUGGCUAAUGAGCCUGUCUCCUUUUCCAUGGCCAGUCUGUAGGCCUUCCUGGGAGUGUUGUUUACAGUAAACCUUGCCGAGGUAACAUAUGAUCCUCCAGAAGACCAGCGUCUGAGGUGACUCUAGCUUACAGCUCUUGCCAUUAGAGAGCAGUUACCAAGAAGCUGGGUGUAUAGGUUUCUUCUGGUUCUUACGCAAGCCACCAGUACUCUUAAGUUAUUGUCUGGUCCAGGAGUGUGGUAAACUCUUCAGUAAGUGAACCUUAGACUUGAUGCCUGUGCAUUAGAUUCUGUGAAUACUGCUCUUUUGGCCUUUGUGGGAGGUCGUCCUUCCCAGCUGUCACUGCAUACCUAUCAGCCCAAAUUAGUCAGCUGAAAAGGAUCUUUCCGCAGAACCCUGCCAGUAUUCACAGUGACCUUAGGCUAAGACUGUCCAAAUUUCUAGCCAGUGGUCUCCUGGACCCAGAGCCAUCUCUGAGAUUGAGACCAUCUGGGUGUUUUAAUAUGGAGUCAUGACCCACUCUUCCUAUUCUAAGCCUCCCACCAGCCAAGGGAAAAGAGACAUCAGAAAUUUUGAGGGCACUAUCAGACUGACAUAGCCAGUACAGAGGAGAACUAGGGAAGGAAUGAUGUUUUGCACCUUAUUGAAAAGAAAAUUUUAAGUGCAUACAUAGUUAAGAGCUUUUAUUGUGACAGGAGAAUUUUUUUCCAUAUGCGUGCACACUCUCUGUAAUUCCAGUGUAAAAUAUUGUACUUGCACUAGCUUUUUUAAAACAAAUAUUAAAAAAAUGGAAGAAUUCAUAUUCUAUUUUCUAAUCGUGGUGUGUCUAUUUGUAGGAUACACUCGAGUCUGUUUAUUGAAUUUUAUGGUCCCUUUCUUUGAUGGUGCUUGCAGGUUUUCUAGGUAGAAAUUAUUUCAUUAUUAUAAUAAAACAAUGUUUGAUUCAAAAUUUGAACAAAAUUGUUUUAAAUAAAUUGUCUGUAUACCAGUACAAGUUUAUUGUUUCAGUAUACUCGUACUAAUAAAAUAACAGUGCCAAUUGCAAA